AUGGCGCGUGAUACGGAGACUUUGCGACCUCGGUCGCCCGACCCGGAGCGUCGAAAACGGCCCAGCCGCAGCCAGUCACCAGCCCGCGAGCGCAGCGAUCGCUACGACAGGGACAGAAGCGGGCGCAACAACCGCGAUCGCUACCGUGACAGCCCCCGUGACGACCACUACCGCGAUCGGGACCGGGCUGACCGCUACGACCGGCGCGAUCGGGGCAGAGACCGAGACGAGGACCGGGAUGCGCCUUCGAGACAGGACGAUGGUGGCAACGCCGACGUCGACGCAGACUAUGGCAAGAGCUGGGCAGACGACCGGCCCAAGCCCAAGAAGCGGUCCGGUGGCGGGUUCAAAGUGAAGGAGAAGAAACGGGACAAUGACGGCGAGGGCGAGGGCGAUCGUGGAGUCGACCGUGGAUUCGAUCGCGGGUUUGACCGGCAGGAGCGCGACCGGUCGCCACGACGGGAUCGCGACGGUCGAGAUGGCGAAAAGAGCAAAGACAAGGCUACGUCGUCUGGCGGCAAGGACAAAGAAAAGAAGAAGAAAAAGCCACGGGCACCAGCUCCACCACCAGAGUUUAUGAUUGUGCACGUCAACGACCGCCUGGGAUCCAAGACGGCGAUCCCGUGUAUGGGCUCGGACCUGAUCCGGCAGUUCAAGGUGAUGGUGGCAGCGCGGAUCGGUCGGGACCCGAGUGAGAUCAUGCUGCGGCGGCAGGGUGAGCGGCCCUUCAAGGACCACUUGACGCUCGAAGACUAUGGUGUCACCAACGGUGUGCAGCUCGACCUGGAGCUGGACACGGGAGACUAA